GCGUGCCAAUCGAACACACACACUGCAUCACCGAACGAACUCGGCUCACCUCACCACACCUCCCCGCGAGCCCUCGGCCCACUCCGGCCGCCCGGCCGCCCUUAAAAAUUCUUCAGUACAAGUAGGACCCAACCAACCCCGAGAGUCGCCGAACAGAGAGAACUCACAAUUCACCCCAGCGCGAGGGGCGGAGCCGAACCACCCUGAGCCGAGGCCCUAGACCCGCUCGCUUCCCCCUCCCCCGCCGCCCUCAUGGCACCGAAGCGCCUGGCCGCGGCGUCGGGGUCGGCGUCCGAGGCCUCCGACGCGGAGGCGGACGCGGCCCUCCACCCGUCAUCGCCGUCCCCGUCCAAGACGACACCCCCCAACCCUAACCCUAAGGCCGCCGCAGCCCACGCCUCCGCAUCCGCGGCGGCGGAGGACUCCGCCGCGGCCGGAUCCGACUCCGGGGCCGCCUACGACUCCGACGCGGACCACCGCUCCGCUCCGCCGAAGGCGGCCGCGUCGCCCAGGCCCAGGAGCCUCAAGCGGCGCUCGCGCACCCCCGACGCCAACUCCGGCACCGACGGCUCCGCCGCGCCCCCUGCCUCCGACGCCGACGCCUACCCCGCCGCCGGCGCCGAUUCCGACGAAGGCAACGCCUCGCCGCUCCCUCCCCCGCGCCCCUCCCGCGCCGAGGCGGCCGCCAUCAAGCCCAUCAGCUCCCGCCCCAUGGACCCGCCCCGCCGGUCCAUGCCCUCCUUCUCCGAGCCGCGCCCUAAGCGCCCUCGCAGCGCCGCCGUCCCGUCCUCCGUGGAGCAGCUUAAGCGUCCGCCGCGGCUCUGGAGCCCUGUUGACGAGCUCGUCAUCCUGCGGGGCCUCGUCGCGUACCGUGCCAAACGUGGCGUGCUCCCUGGCUCCACGCAUGACAUUAGUAAGCUCCAUGGCCACAUCCGUGGCCAACUCAGUGUUAAGGUUACCACCACGCAGCUCAGUGAUAAGGUACGGCGUCUCAAGCAGAAGUACCACCUACUUGCAGCCCGUGCCAAGAAUGGGCGGGAUCCAGACUUGUCCACUCCGCAUGACCACACUGUCUAUGAGCUUGGCAAGAAGGUUUGGGGGGCUGAUGUUGGUGGAGGUAGUGCUGGUGGUGGUGAGAGCGAAGAGGAGCGCGAGAGUGGAGAGAGCGAUGGGGGCAUGGACAGUGGGAGGGAUGACCGUGGCCGCAAGAAUCGGAGGUUGAGGCCAAUCACUAUGGCAAAUGGAAAUGGCGCUGGGAUUGGAGCUGUGAAUGCCAAUAGUAGAGGGAAAGUUGAAUUUGAAAAGGGGAAGGAUGCAUUUCCAUACCUUUGGGAGACUGUUGCAGAUCUGUCACGAGAGCACCCGAAUGGGGUGGCAUUCAAGAAGGCAUUUGAGCUGAUUGAAGGCCCCAAAGCACGUGGGAUGGAGGAAAAGCUGCGGAAGUUUAGGUUGACAGAGAUCAGGCACCAGCUGCGCCGGAUGGAACUGAUGAAGGAGACAGUGAAGAUGGUGCUUGAUGCACUGGAGGGUUGACUGAGGAGUUAAGGGUUAUCUUUUGGUUGGUGAGUAGUGCAAAAAGGAGCAACUGGUGUCUUCUUUUGUUUCUAGAUAGAACUGUGCCUAAAUUACAUAACUUUUAUGGACAAGGUGCACUUACCUCAGUCAGAAUCUAGGUGUUGAACAAGGAGUGAUGGUCUUUUCUUUGUUCUCGGUGGAUCAUUGUAUUUUGUGUUGCUUAGAUGCUAACUUAUGCGUUAUAUGGUAUACCAUUUCUAUGUUUAGUUAA